UAAGAUGGAUCUAAGGUAAGUCCACAAUUAUCUGAAGGUUGGAGGUCAGGAAAUAGCUCUUAUUGCCCAUACAAAGAUGACUGUGAUAUUAAAUAGCUAAAUUAAGGCUAAUUCCUUCCUUAAGACUGAAAGUGCCUCACCAUGGUUAUAAAUUAUCAAUGUAUACCUGUCUCUGUAGAAUAGUUCAAAUUCACCGGGAAGAUGAUCAAUUCUUCUUAGGAAUCUUUAGUUCAAUAGCUUAUUUUCAUGUAUAGGAACCUCUCGAGAUCAGGUAAAAAUGAUAGAUCUGGAAUUAUUAAGCUAGCCCAGAAAGUUAAGUCCAAAAUUAGAAGAAUUCAUAGUAAAAAACCUAAGGAUAAGCUUUCUGAAAGAAAUUUCGAGGAAAUUAAAUCAGAAACCGACUCUUUGACGACUAAAAGAUGGGAAACGCAGCCCUCUAGUUCAGGAAGGGCUAGUUUUGGUAUUGUUAGUAGUAAUAGAGAAGUAAAUCCUCAGAAUGCUAAACCAGUCAAAAAGCGAAGGAGGAGAGCUGAUAGAGUGCCUAACCAGAUCCUCUCCCAUAGAUUUGUGAUAGACUUCGAGGAUCUUCAAACUCAUGAAAAUAAGUGAAAUGAUAGAUCCCUUGUUGCUCUAAAAAUCCCAAGUGGGCGUAACUCCAAUGUUAAACCAACUUUAUCAAAUUCUCAGCUGGUAGAUUUCACGAGUUCAUUUGAUAUUAAGACUAAUUCAGAGUUAAGAACUCCAGAUCAGCAUUGCCAGAAAGGAAGUCUUCCAUCGACUUCAACUGUUGGUUCAGGCUUCAAGAGGAAGCACAAGUUGAUGACACCAGUGAAAAGGGAUCGGAAAGAAAUCCCUAAGCUUGCAAACCAGACUGAAUCUAUUCAUUUCACCACUUCUAAGUUAUGUCGAGAUCAUACCAUUCCACUUUCUGGAAGGAAGAAUAUUUGAAUAAAAACGAAUUUGGAAGAAGAUGCUGCUCAAAGUGGAAAUCAACGAAAGCCACAAGCAAAGAGCUUCGUCUCCCAGCCAUUAACUGCCAAGAAAAAGCCUGUUGUGCACAGUAUUCUCAAGAAGUUCACCCCAAUAAAACCUCAGGAGAAGAUAGGGACUAGUUUUGUGAAGACUCCUAGACAAGAGAUAACUUCUUCGACUCUCUUGUCUGAGAGAAAGAAAAAGAUAUUUAGUAAGCAAAGAAGUUCAGAAGAGUCCUCGAGUAGGAUAAAGUCCAAGCUUGGUGCUUUGUUCAAGAAAUAUGGCAAUCCUUCUCAUAAUCACUCUAAAUUUCUAUAA